AUGUUCUCGCUGGACAACAUUCCCGAGGCCAGCCGAUGGCUGGAAGGUGGCGUGGAGAUGGUAGCACUCUUCCCCCCGCUACCCGCAGCCUUGACACCUGAGCAGAAGACGGAGCUCAUGCACGAGAUGCUGCGGCUGGUACUAGGGCCUCUCAUGCGGGCAUCAUCAGUCGAGAGCCAGUGCGAGGCCGUCAUGGCAGUGACGCCACCGUCUCUUCUCCGGCAUCCGGACCCAUCGGCAUACUUUGGGACGGUGUCCCAGUACGCCGCAUGGGAGCACCAAGCCAUGAUGCAGAUUGUCCCGCUGGUCGCUCACCUGCCUGGCCACGAGGACAUUGCCCGCGUGGUCAUCCUCUUCAACGAGUGGUACCGCGCGUAUUUCCGCGUGGCUUAUCACACGGAGGCGUCUCUUCAAGAUGCAACGAGGAAGACCAUUGUGCAGCCACAGGUUCUCAUACCACUGCAUCAGACGCCCCUGCCUCUAAUGCCCUUUCCUCCCCCGCGCUGGACUUUCAUGCAAGUGACUCUCUUGCUACGCACUCUGCUGCCCCUCCGCCCUCCGCAUAUCAUGCCCCAGCCUUAUCUGCUCCGCAGUAUCACGCCCUUGCAGCAUCUGCUCCUCCCAGCUAAUGCACAUGCCCCUCAUGCCACUGCCCCGCAUUGCCAUACAUCUUACGCGUUGCUGUACGAUGCUGCGCAGGCUGGUCGCGGAGCUGAAGCUCGUCUUCCCCAAGCAGUCGUCGCAGUGGCGGCUGCCGAAGUUGCAGUCAACUCAUGUGGUCAUGUUCCGUUCUCAGUUACGCUCUUUUCCAUUCCCCCCAUUGGCGAGUGGGCACAGGCGGUGAAGCACAACACAUCGGUGCUGACCCGACGUUCACGGCGCAUGGCGGUGGGGGAUGCGCAGGACCCGGUAUGGGCGGAAUACGGCGCCGCGCUGGGCAGCGCGGUGAUGGAUGGGAUCGCACGUGUGAUGCAGCGCGUGGGGAUCACUGCGUCAGGCGUGCAGGUGAUGCCUCGAUGGCAUGAGUGGGUGGAAGGGGGCCUAACCGGGCAUGGGAUUUCUGGGGUACAAGGUGGGCACAUGGUGAAGGCAGCGCCGGGUGAAGGGAAGUUCAGCUACGUGUCGAUUGAUGGGGCGGAAGGCGAGUGGUAUGCACGGUGCCUCAUGCUCUUCCAUUUCAUGGACGACGAGGCCCAGAUUCACAGGCGCGCCGUGGUGCGGUACUUCGACGAGCAUCCCACUCCAUGCCCCGUGACGGGAUGCAUGAGGCUCUUGCCAACGGAGGGAGAGGAUGAGUAUGUCGUUGUCGAGGUGGAGAGCAUUCUGUCCCUUGCCCACAUUGUCCCGUGUUUCACAGAGGCCCGGUUCUCUUUGGUGAAUCGGUUCCUGUUUGAUGAGUGA